CAUGCACAAUUAUGUUAGCUACGCCCAUGAUUGUCGACAACAAUAUAAAAGUAGCCUGUCUCUGAGACAGAUGUCUUAAUAUUUUAAACCCAUUGCGGAAAAUAUGUUAUGUUUUUUAAAACAGAAAAUCGGAAAAAAGCAUUGAAUGUUUAAAAGCUGUUGAUUUUAAUUGUUUUAUUCACUUUGAUGAUUUUAAGAUUAGUAAGACGGUGGCGAAAAAGUUUAAACAAAUGAUAAAAGGUCGGAGUAAUAUGAUUGUAUUGUCCCAGAUGUAAGUUAAUAAAGAAAAGAAAUUUAAAUUAUCGUCAAACGCUUCUGCAGACGACGAGAACUACUUUACUGCGGAGGGUUAAAACCACGCAGUCUAUCAUGCGUCUAGGUAACUCAGCUAGCGAACUGGCAGAGUUAAUUGCUUACCUGGCAGAUAUUUUCACAGUGAAUGAGAUAUAUUCAUGGAAUGUUUCCUGGUAUGAUUUUCCCGCAGAUCUUGCAAAAUGCGAUAAGCAGACAAUGGCGGCGAGUAAAUCGUAAUUUUUCGUCAAAUUCGUUGAGAAAUAAACAGAGGACAACAGUCCAAGUGCAGCAGACGCUUGGAUCGAGACAUAUAAUCUACUUUCGGUUUAAGAGAUACACAUCCACCAUGUCACGCCAGGGGUUACCUGUAGAUGAAGGAGUGUUGUUUGGAAUUGGAAACUCACUACUGGACAUCACAGUUGUCACAGAUGAGAACUUCCUGAAACGUUUUGAUCUAAAAGCCAAUAAUGCCAUCAUUGCUGGGGAAAAACACAAAGAGAUUUAUCAUGCCAUGCUGGAUGAGUUUGAACCAUCAUUUUUACCUGGUGGUGCUACUCAGAAUAGUAUACGAGUUGCUCAAUGGCUUCUGGGAAGACCAAAGGCCACAACAUUCUUCGGUAGUGUAGGCCAUGAUAAAUUUGGGGAUAUUCUAAAGUCAACUGCUGAAAGUGUGGGCGUCAAUGUUCGAUAUCAAGUAGUUGAAGGUCUUAGCACAGGGAGAUGUGGGGCUGUGAUUACUGGAGAGGAUCGAUCAUUAGUCACUGAGUUGGGAGCUGCAGAGAAGUUUGAUGCCAAGUUUCUUGAUGAACCUGAAAAUUGGGCACUUGUUGAAAAAGCCAUGUAUUUUUAUAUAGGUGGAUUCUUUCUACCUGUAAGUAUGGAUGCAGUAUUGAAACUUUUACAGCAUGCAGUUAAAACAGAUAAAACUGUGGUUAUGAAUCUCCAUGCGACUUUCCUUUGCCAGUAUUUUGCAGAUAAGGACCUAAAUCUCAUGCAGUAUGUAGAUGUGCUGUUUGGAAAUGGAGAUGAAGCAGCAGAGCUUUGUAAGAAUAUGGGCUUUUCUACCACUGAUAUUAAGGAAGUGGCAAUCAAAACAUCUCAACUGCCAAAACUUAACAAAUCCCGGGAGAGAAUUGUAGUGUUUACUCAGGGACGGGAUCCAACAAUUGUUGCCCAAGGAGGUCAUGUCACAGAAUAUCCGGUCGUACCAGUUCCUCAUGACCAGAUAAAGGAUACUAAUGGAUGCGGUGAUGCCUUUGUGGGAGGCUUCCUGUCCCAGCUUGCCCUGGGCAAGCCAGUUGUGGACUGCCUCAAGUGUGGCUUCUAUGCCUCAAGGGUUGUUAUUCAGUAUUUUGGCUGCAACUACCCUGAUGCACCGGACUUUCCGUAAUGUUGCCUUUGAACAUGUAUUAGUACAUUGUCUUCCUCACUCAAAAAGUUGUGUCAAAUUCUCCAAUAAGGGUUAAUAUUGUUGUACCAAAGUACUUUUUUGUAGUUGUUCCAUUACAACAGAAGUUACUGUUCCAAUACAAACUUGUACAAGAUUCAAAGAAAUCACCCAUACAUUAUUAUGCAUUAUACAAUAUAGUUAAACUUUGAAGUUUAAUAUAUGAUAUCAAUUUAUACAAAAAUCGAAUAUAAUACUUAUCUUUGUAAAUUAUCUGAAUCGUAAUGUUGUUGAUCAGGCAUUGAAAAUAUUGACAAUUGCUGGUAAUCAAUAUAUUUAUGAAAAUAACUGUAUUGUUUACUCCCUGAUAGUUAUCCAUGCUGUUCCAACCUUACCUGUAUACAUGAUACUUCUUAUAUAAACCCUAUAUGAGUGACUGACUUCUCCAAAGGUGACUCUAUACCUCCAUAAAGCAUUUUUUCCUAGCCAAUAUCGUAGCGCUUAUAAUAUAUCUUACAGAAAAACAAUGCACCUGCUAAUAAAAGUUGCCAAUGCAGAAAUAAACAGUUUAUUUGGUAUGGCGAUGAGAAGUUAAUAGAAACUGAUCUGCAUCAGUUCUUCAUGGAAAACUUCAUGGAAAACUAGUGUAAUUAGCAAAGGUAAUGGGUACUUAAUCUUUUAUUUGUAAGUUUGUUUAUUGAAUUGUUGAGUUACAGUCAAUGGAGAUACAUUUGCCAUUGGUAUGAAUCUGUGCACUUGUGGCAUAAAGGGUAACAUAAUGAAAUUCCUAUGUUAAAAAUUUCCCCAAACACACAUUUUUGUGGCUGCUGUUGUGAUUUGUUAACUGGUGCAUAAUGCACAUUUUAUCUGCAACCUCUGAUAAUUCUGCAUAUUUAUGCCCUCAUGUAUUCAUUUUCAAAAGUGUAUCACUUAUUUGGUUGAAUCUUAUCUCAAGUGCUCUGAGUGUGCAUCAGUAUUUAAGAUGUGGUAUUGAUUUAUUCUCAGUAUCUGUUCGUUUACUUCCAAUUUUUUUAAGGCCAAAAAAUUGGUUUGGUAAUGGUUAAAUCCUUCUUUAGCCUUUACGUAAGAAUGUUAUUGUCAUUAUUUGGUAAUGGUGUUAAAGUAAUAUUCUGUAUAAAGCUUUGUCAUAAGGAUUCUGUUGUUAAGUUGUACUUACAUGUUUUAUGUGUUAAACCUUUUUACAUGCAAAAUUGCUUAAAUCAGAUGACGGGUUUACUUCUGUUAUACAUCAUUUUUAUAUCUUUGAAAGUACUGGUAGAUCAUUCAGGUAACACUUGCCUACAACUUUAUUUAUAAUUAUGUAGAUUUUAUAACAUGGACAUCAAUUGCUCAAAAUAAGGCGAUGUUUGUAACUAAAUGUGUUGAUGCCAUUGUAACAUUACAAUGUAUAACUAAGCAUUAACUUUGGGAUAAUGAAAUCUUGAAACAUUGUGAGAAGUACAACUCGUUUUAAGGAUUUAUGUUUCUACCUUGAUAGUUUGUUUGGCUCUAGAUUGUGUUAGAUUUCAGAAAUGCAACGCUAAGUUACAGAACAUCUUUUCGUGAUUUAAACAUUUAUCAAUUGUUGCUGAUAUUCUACCCUGGCAGGGUUUUUUUGUUAUACAAAAUAUAUACUUAAAAGUGUGCAUUAUUAUUUUGAUUGAUAUUUAUUUUUUUAUCCUUGAUGAGUUCAAAAUAAAACUGGUGAAAAAAUAGCUUUUGUCCGCAGUGUUGUUUUCUGGUCCAUUAGAAUGAGCAUUAGAGUUAGUAAGUGUAAGGGGAAAAACAGUUUUGAUCUUACCAUUUCCAUCUAUGAACAGACAGUACCAUUUCCAUCUAUGAACAGACAGUACCAUUUCCAUCUAUGAACAGACAGUACCAUUUCCAUCUAUGAACUGACAGUCAAACAGACAAUACAAAUUCUCUGUGCUUUCAAAGGAUCCUCAAUGAGGAUAUAAUGAGCUGUGUUGUGCAAAUUUGGGUCUUUCGGCAUAUAUUUGUUCAAAUUGUUUUAUAGGGUAUUUCAAAUAGAUGAUAGCUCAGGGAGUAAUACUGAAAAAUUCAUUAAGAUAUCUCUAAAAUUGCGUAAGAUAUAUGUUUACAAGUAAGACCAUGCUUUGUGCAUUUUAAAUAUUGAAUUUAGCCUUGCAAAGCAUGCCUUUCUUAUGAAAGUACAUAUGUAAGAUGACAAGCAUCAUUAUCAAUAUUCCAUCGACCUUAUUAUUUUAGUUGUUAUGCUAACAUGGGAUCUUUGUGGAGCCUAAAUAAAAAAGGUUUGAUGAUUCAUUCUUGUUCAUUUAAACAAUCCGUGCAUUUAAACACACUAUGAAUGCAUUUGAAAUAAAUUUGGAUGAAAUCUGUGGUUGCUAUGGAAACAUGAGUAAAGUAAUUGUCAUAAAUUGUCAUAAAAAUGAUGCGCAAAUGACAAUCCGUUUGAAGAAAGAAUUUUGGAAGAAAUUAAGUAACAUUAUAUUUGGCAUUUUAUGAUAAUAUCAUUUGUAAUAAGUAUGCCCAAAGGCCCCAUAUCCCACAGUGUAGCUCAUAUUGUGUACAGUCAUUUAUAUAUUAUUCAUUUUUAGCUCACCAGAGCACGAAGUGAGCUUUUGUGAUUGGUCUUUGUCCGUCGUCCGUCAAUCCGUCCGUCAACAAUUGCUUAAAAAACAUCUCUAAAACUACCAGUCCAAAUUCAAUAAAACUUUACAGAAAGCUUCCUUGGGUGACCCUCUACAAAAAUACAACAAGGGGACACGAUUGAUCAACAACAACAAAAUGGCCGACUUCCUGUUUUGCUUUAAAAACAUCUCCUCUGAAACUACCAGUCCAAAUUCAAUGAAACUUUACAGGAAGCUUCCUUGGGUGACCCUCUACAAAAAUACAACAAGGGGUCACGAUUGAUCAACAACAACAACAACAGCAACAACAAAAAAAUGGCUGACUUCCUGUUUUGCUUUAAAAAACAUCUCUUCUGAAACUACCACUCCAAAUUCAAAUAAACUUUACAGGAAGCUUCCUUGGGUGACCCUCUACAAAAAUACAACAAGGGGUCACAAUUGAUCAACAACAACAAAAUGGCCAACUUCCUGUUUUGCUUUAAAAAAACAUCUCCUCUAAAACUACCUGUCCAAAUUCAAUUAAACUUUACAGGAAGCUUCCUUGGGUGACCGUCUACAAAAAUACAACAAGGGGACACGAUUGAUCAACAACAACAACAACAAAAUGACCAACUUUCUGUUUUGCUUUAAAAAAACAUCUCCUCUAAAACUACCAGUCCAAAUUCAAUGAAACUUUACAGGAAGCUUUCUUGGGUGACCAUCUACAAAAAUACAACAAGGGGUCACGAUUGAUCAACAACUACAACAACAAAAUGGCCGACUUCCUGUUUUGCUUUAAAAAACAUCUCCUCUGAAGCUACCUGUCCAUAUUCAAUGAAACUUUACAGGAAGCUUUCUUGGGUGACCAUCUACAAAAAUACAACAAGGGGUCACGAUUGAUCAACAACUACAACAACAAAAUGGCCGACUUCCUGUUUUGCUUUAAAAAACAUCUCCUCUGAAGCUACCUGUCCAUAUUCAAUGAAACUUUACAGGAAGCUUCAUUGCAUGACCCUCUACAAAAAUACAACAAGGCAUUGAGAUUGAUUAACAACAACAACAACAACAAAAUGGCCGACUUAUUGUUUUGUUUUUAAAAAAAUCUCUGAAACUACCAGGCCAAAUUCAGUGAAACUUUACAGGUAGCUUCAUUGCAUGACCCUUUACAAAUAUAAACCAAGGCAUCAUCAGUAAAGAUAUGUUUAAAUUGCAACAUUUUUAUUAAUGCUUUAUCACAGAGUUGUGGCCCUUUGCUUAGGUGAGUGUUUUAGGGCCAUCAUGGCCCUCUUGUUAAGGUUAUAAAGGAGACUGCAAGCCGGUUGAACUAGUUAUGAAUGUAGGGGAAAAAAAUAAUACAAUCUUCUUUGAUUGAUAAUGAACAUAUAGUCAAAAUGCCAUAUAUUUGGACACUCUUAGUGUGUAUUUACAAGGUUAAAGAAUCUUAAAUGUACCACUCAUGCUCAUAUUUAAUAAUUAUUCAGUGUUGUUUUGUCUGAAAGUAGAACUUGUCAAUUCCUUUUGGCCCUGGUUAUGUGGUUUAAGGGAAGUCUCAUAUUGUCACAAGAAAUUGGGAUGUCCUCAUGCAUGAGCUGCAUUUUUCAUUUACAGACUCGUAUAUUUGAGGCAAUGUGAGUUGUUUAGUCUUCUUGUUAUUUCAUUAGAUAAUAGAGAAAUGCAAUAAAUGGUUUGAUUUUAAAAUUAGUUUAUCAACAAAUUCACUGCGGCCUCUCAAAGUAUACCAUAAUAAUGAUCACAGAACUGUUUUCAUUAGAUAUAAAAGAAAAAACAAUCUCAGGGAUAUAUCCCUCCCAAUUACAUGGGAAACUUUAAUGCCAAGGGGCUCAUUUUGUGCUUUGGAUCAAUAGUGAAUUCAGAAUAACCAAUCUUUGUUGGAAUUUGAAUUUCUGAUUUUUUUAUACCGAAAUAAAAUAGCUAGUAGUUGCAUGCAACUGUUUUGACUUAAUAAUAUAUCUGCAGCAGAAUCUCCCCAUAAAAUGAGUACCAUUCACUUACUAUGAAAAUCUGAAAGCCCCAUUAAUUCUCAGUAAUUAGAACCACCUGUUUGUCGAACUUAUUUCUGUGUAAGUUUUUGUGUGAAUGUGUUAACAGUUUCCCUAAUAUUAAUUCAAGGAACCACACAGGCUCUGGUGGUUAUUAAAUAAUUAUGUUCAAAUGUGUGUGUACUAAUAACAGGCUCCAAUUUCUAAAAAAAACAUUAGCUUCAUAAGUCCUACAUAAGAUUCAUAAGUUUAAAUACUUUUUUUGGUAUUAUGAAUAUUUACCUUCUGAAUAGGUUUUGGACUCUUAAAAGUUUUAUUUAGUGAAAUAAAGAUUAGGUAAGAAAUUAAGCUUACUGAAAUAAGCUACUUUAGCUUGUUAUGCUUAGAACUGUUGAGAAAUUUGGUACAGAAGUUCCUCGUCCUCGUUGAACUUAGGGAAUAUGUUAAUACUUUACAACAUUUAAACUUUUUCUCACAUAACAUAAAUGCAUGAACUGAAAGCUUUUAAAAUGCAUCUUUUAAUUCUCUAUCUUCAUACUUAGUAUUCGCAAGGAAGUUUGGUUUAGUCAAUAUACCAAUUUAUUGAUGUAGUCGGUGAAUAAUGUACAUUGCUAAAAAAAAACAAGAACAGCAAACAUCAUAAAUUUUGAUGUGAUGUAAUGCGACAAAGCCUCAAAACAUUUAACAUGAUAAUUCUUAUCUUUUGGCUCAUGUAGCACUAUACAUGCAGUUAUAGCUUAUUUUUUAAUCACCAUUGGA